GCGUAACUAUGAUCUCAAGCUAAUGAAGUAUUAAUUAAUUAAUCGCUCCCUGGGCGGGCUGCUCUUUUAGCUGGGAGCCUGUGAUCGUAGUUGCAUGACUACUAUUCCACAAUGCCGGUCCCUUUCCUGGCACAUUGGGCGGCCGAGGGCGUCUCAAGCAUCCCAUAUGCUGUAACAGCAAUAAAGGCGACCGUUGUGCUCGCCGUCAUUGUCUUGUUGAAACGCUAUUUUGGGGGCACAAGGAAUACUGCGGAGCGUCUAAUGCACUCUAAAGUAGUCAUGAUAACGGGCGGCACAUCGGGAAUUGGAGCUUCGAUCGCACAUAGCCUAGCUUCCCAAGGCGCCCAACUCAUUCUCCUUACACAACACGCGCCCUCCGAUCCUUUCCUGGUCGACUACAUUGAAGACCUCAGGAAUGCUACCGCCAAUCAGCUCAUCUAUGCUGAGCAAGUUGAUCUCUCCUCCUUAUAUUCCAUACGAACGUUCGCUACGAAAUGGAUCGACAAUGCUCCACCCCGGCGACUAGAUAUGGUUAUCCUCUGUGCCAAUACCAUAAAACCCUCUCGCUCGAACCCCCGUACAACUAUAGACUGUCUAGAUGAGGAGUGGCAAGUAAACUACCUUGCCAAUUACCACCUACUCAGCAUCCUGAGUCCUGCGCUGCGCGCCCAACCCGCAGAUCGAGAUGUCAGGGUGAUAUUCGGAACUUGCUCGAGCUACAUUGGUGCGGAAUUGGACUUUCGAACCCUCGAAGAUAGGAGUAUGCGUACGGCGCAUGCAAAACCUACUUCUAAUAAACCAGCAGCGCGCAAUUUGAAACCCGCGCAUAAGCCCGCCCAAACAUUGCAUAAUAAGACCGCUAGGAAUACUAAAGCAGAUCAAAGUAGCAUGUAUGCAACCUCCAAAUUGGCGUUAAUGAUUUUUGCCAAAUCCUUCCAAUCCCAUCUUUCCGCCUAUGAACGACCGGAUAAGCAACCCUGCAAUACCCGCGUUCUCAUCGUGGAUCCGGGUUUCUCACGUACACCUGGUACACGGCGAUGGAUAACGGGCGGUUCAUUAUUAGGCCUCCUCAUCUACCUAAUAACAUGGCCCAUUUGGUGGCUUAUUCUAAAAUCUCCACAGCAAGGAGCACAGAGUUUCUUGACCGCUGCAAUGGACAUUGUGUUUGGAGCUCCCGCAGCAAAUAUUGGUGGACCCGGGGUUGGUUCCGGCGUUAAUGGCGGGAAACUAAUAAAGGAAUGCAAGGAGUGGGAUAUCCUGCGCAAAGAAGUUAUGGAUGAGAAGAUCGGGAAAGAAUUGUGGGAGUUUAGUUCUCGCCAGAUCGAGCAGCGGGAGACAGAGAGUGCUAUUCUCCGUGCGCUUGAGAAGAAGGAACGGGAGGUAUGGGAGGCGGAACGACAAAACACCAAUACGAUUUCGGGAGUGGAUGCUGAAGGCGAACCGGGUUCAGACGUGGGAAAAGGAAAUAAACAGCAGACGCCCGGGUCGAGAAGGAGUAGGAAGGCAAAGUAGGGGCACGGAAGAGCCGGUUUAGACGAGAUAUUUUGGGAUCAUUCAAUGGCUAAGGAGUUCUUGGAGGUAACGGCGUCCAAGCAUAGAUAUUAUACCGGCCUGUCUUUUUCAGAGGAAUUUGUACUGUGCUGUUAUGUCAGUUACAAUGCUUUUCCAUAUACCUAGACAUAUAUACAUCUCGCUUUUGCUUGACUAUCUUUUUCCUCCCACCCAUUGAUGGAAUUAAAACUUGUUGUAUGAUCUAUAUAGUACGUCGAAACUUGCCCGGAGAAUUACCCAGUCCCCCUAACCGGGGUUAUAUGACAGCUACUGCUAAAAGACGUUUGGCAUUCAAAAUGUAUGUACAAGACCACUAACAUGGGUUUGGCUUGGGGUUGGCAAUUAUUCGCCCUUCUCUCAUGUAAGAUCUCCAACGUUAUUAUCGCGUCUAUUAUAGUCAACGAAAGAAGCAAAUAUAGCCAUGACCCAAG